AUGACGAAGGUAAGUCCCGAACUUGAAGAUGAAAUACAGAUGCAGGCUGUUCUAUCAGUGUCAGCCGAUGUGAGCUUUGCUUCUAGUCGAUUUCCAAAAUACAAAAUAGGAGCCGAUAGUCAGAUUUUGGAUGAGGCAAGGGAGGACCCCAAGGGCCCAUCCCUGAAGGAUGUUGUUGCGGAGGAAACUCUGCAGCUGUCAGAGCAGCACAAACGUCUCUCUGUCCGUCACCUGGCCAGUAAAUUUGACAAGAAUUUGGCUGCGGCAGCUAAGUUAUCCGAUGAGGCUAAGCUUAGAGAGGUGGCUUCUUUAGAGGGACAUGUUCUUUUGAAGAAGCUUAGGGAUGCACUGGAAUCUUUGAGAGGACGACUGGCAGGUCUAAAUAAGGAAGAUGUGGAAAAAGCUAUUUCUAUGGUAGAAGCUUUGGCCGUAAAGUUGACUCAAAAAGAAGGAGAGUUAAUACACGAGAAGUUUGAAGUGAAAAAGCUAGUGAACUUUCUGAAGCAGGCUUCAGAAGAUGCUAAAAAACUGGUCAACCAAGAAAAAUCUUUUGCUUGUGCUGAAAUUGAGAGUGCCAGAGCAGUAGUGCAAAGAAUUGGAGAGGCCCUUGAGGAACAAGAAAGAAAUUCCCGAUCUUCUGGAAAGCAGGAAAUGGAGGGACUGAUGGAAGAGGUUCAAGAGGCUAGAAAAAUUAGACUGUUGCAUCAGCCCAGCAAGGUGAUGGACAUGGAACAUGAGCUUCGUGCACUAAAAAUUCAAAUUCGAGAGAAGUCUACAAUAUCGGUUAAGCUUCAGAAAGAGCUGGCCCUGAGUCGCAGAGCUGAGGAGAACAGGCACCAAUUAUAUGAGUUAAGUGGUUCAGAAACUUUAGGUUCAAUUUUGCGAGUCCACCCAUGCUCAGAUGAAGCGAUGGAGCUUUCCAGAUGUUCAAUCCAGUGGUACCGUUUACUGUGCGAUAGUAGCCGAAGGGAACCAAUUGCAGAUGCAGAAAACCAAGGCAAAGAUAGCAAAACACUUCACCCUUUUCUUGUGUUGAUAUUUACUUCACCUACAAAGCCUUUUCUAAGUUCCUAG